AUGGGUCAGGGAGAAGCAAGAGAAACAGUGUUUUUCCAGCUUUUCAUAUUCAAUUUCCACCGGUGUGAUCUCCCCAGACGGAAGUUGGAUGUCUCUGGUCAUGUCAAGUGGUUGAAGACCGUUUAUUUACACACGAGCUCGUACUUGAUCAGCAUCAGUACCUCUAACAUGGCCAAUCUUUCUUGCGAUGGCAUAUAUAGUCUUGUCCGUCCAGUAAUGAAGGGGAAUCCCAUGAAACUUUAUCCAGAAGGAGAUGGUAGAAGGGAACGGGUUAGAGAUGAUGGGUUCCCAUCUUUGCAAGAUGAGCAUCCAUUUCCUGAAAUGAUAUGGAGCUUUUGA